AAUGCUCUCAGAUCACGAAAGAAAAAAUAUCAUCCAAAAUACAUUAGCUGCUCUGAAAGGUCAGAAGCUUAAAAAGGUGAGCGUAAGAAUAUCAGGUGUACAAACCACUAUAGACAAACUAAGAGCCAACCAUAUAGCUAUUCUCACGGGGAAAGCAGGAGCUGGGAAGACAACUACAGUGUACCAAGUCAUGUGUGAGAUGUCAAAUCCUUCAUUAUCAUCUACCUACACACCCGUGUUGAUAAAAUCUCCAGAACAAUGGGAUAAAGUUAUUAAUCCUACUCAUCAAUAUCUCGUUUAUUUAGAUGAUGUUUUUGGUUCAUCAAAUCUAGAUCCUGGUGCAAUUCAGAAAUGGAAAAAUCAACUUGAUAUAAUAUUUUCAAGUGCAAAAACUGGGAAGAUUUACGUGUUGAUUGGACUCAGAAGAAACGUAUUAAAUGAGGCAAAAAUGCAUGUAAUACAUGAAAUUCUUGAUGAAGAAAAUAUAGUCGACCUUUCUUUAGAAGAAAAUCUUACGAAACAAGAUAAAUCAAAAAUAAUAGAAGCUUAUGAAUGCAAUUGCAAUUUUAAGGCCUCAGAGCUAUGUGGUGAACGUUUUGCCUAUUAUUCAGAGAAAAAUGGUUUGAAUGCAAUAUAUAAACUCUCUCUAAAAGAGAAGGAGAAGAUACAUUUUACCGAUUCGUAUUACGGAUUCCCUUUAACAUGUUUUCAGUUUUUCACUAGACCAGACUUUUUUCAGCUUGGUCCUUCAUACUUUCAACGUCCUGAUAAAAACAUUUUUAAAGCAAUAGAAACAAUGCGACAAGGAAAAUGUGGAAACAUAAGUGAUAAAGUAAAAUAUAGUGUUUUAUGUUAUACAUUUAUUAAUGGGAGCGUGGAAACAAAUAUUGUGUCUGAGACUUUGCUCAAAACUAUUUCUGGAAAAUUACAUAUCUUUAAUAUCACUGAAGUUGAUUUGAAAGAUGCAAUUAAUGACUUAAAUGGUAUUUUUUUGUCAAAAUCAAGCACUGAGCACUUUUAUAAAUUUUCACAUGAAACUAUUCUCGAGGCGGUUAUGGUGUCAUUUGGACAACUAGCUCCAGAUAUUGUGAUAAAUCAUUGUAGUCGAAGGAAGUUACAUGAGUUGAUCCGCACGGAAAACUAUGAGCCUAAACCUUGUGAGGUUAUUCUAAAGAUUCCAAGACGUCACUAUGAGGAUCUGGCACAGAGACUACUACGUGGUGAUGAUGGUGACGGUAAAGAAAUUGAUAUUAUACCAUUUGUAGCCAUAGAUAUCUUGCUUCAUUCAGGAUGUCAGGACCCGGAGUUCGUGUCUAUUCUGUGCAAUUGGGAAAUGACAGAAAGGUUGUUUUCUUUGUUCCAUUAUCUGCUAUUCACAAAUCGGGACUUAAUUUUUCAUCUCUUGCAGUAAAAUGUGUUGUUCAGGGAACUUCUAGAAUGUUAUGGUCCCCAUCAUACUAGACAGAUGAGUGAGCCUAAGUUUGAAAUAACUGCUAGGUAUAUAGGGAACGUGCUUGCAGAUUUCUUUUUGCUUUAUGAUGAAAAAACUACAUUAAUGGCAAUAUUACCAUAUAUCUGCAAGUACUCUGAUCUCUCUGAUCUACCGGGCCUUUGUGAUGCACUGUAUGCAAGUUAUGACGGUUUGACCUCUCUUCAUUUUUGUAUUAUUCAAGGAUGGGAGGACUUGGUGAAUAUGAUACUGAAAGUACACAUACCGACAAAGGCAAAAUACAAUUGGUCAUGUGUUCACUUUGCUGCUUUUGCUGGAAGGUCAUCUUUAUUAAAAAAGUUUAUAAAUCUUGGCCAAGAUAUAAGAGAAAAAAAAUCAGAAGGUUAUUCUGUUUUGCAAACAGCUUUACUAGGACUCAGAUAUGGACAUCAAGAAGCUUUUUUCGACCUUCCAGGUGACUUUGGAUGUAUUAGACUCUCAGUUCCAGAAAGUAAAGAAUUUGAAAAUAUGAUUAACAUUUUACUAGAAAAAGAGAAUCAAUGUAUGAGUCUUGACAUAUCUUUUGUCGUUGAUGAAUAUGAAAAUAGUAUCAUACAUUAUAUUAUAAUGCAUAACUAUGGUGAUAUUAUAGAUUGCCUCCUGAAGUACGACAAAGAAUUUGCAUUUUGCCGUAAUAGCAGUAGUCUGCCGACGGCAUUACACGUAGCUGUGUAUCUAGGUAGACCAGAGAUGGUUAGAAAAUUGUGGGAAUUGGGAGUACGUCCUGGUGACAAUGAUAUGUCUCUCAUGGAAACAUGUCUUAACGGAGAAAGUUUUUGCAUGAAAAGGUUAAGCUAUAGCAAGUUCAGAGAAAAUGGCAGAGGUUAUGAUAAAGAAGUUUCCUGGAAUGAUGGGAACAAUGGGAUUCUAGGUGUGAAACUUAAAGCGAUAGAACAAGUGAACGUGGUCUUCGGAAACACUGAAGAAUUCCAAAACGUACACGAAUUUCUCUCCAAUAAAUAGGAAUUAUCACCAUAGUAAUGAAAACUGUCAGGCUUUUGCUAUUUCGAAAUUGUAUGUACAAUACAUAUGAU